AUGCUAAGCUUUUUGGAGAGCGCUUCAAUGUUCAUGGAGGUGAAUCUUCCCCCAAAUAGAAACUUCUUCACCAAUAAUGAUACCCUACACGGCCAAAUAACUUUGAAAACUAGACAAAAGAUAAGCAUCAAAUCAUUGACGGUGUUUCUAAAUGUGGCUUCAUCGACAAUAUUAUUGGAUAAUAAGGGAACUUUUCUAACGUGUGAAAACCGAAAUAUUUUCACAGAAUCCAUUGCCUUGGUGGUUGAAAAUUCCUUCACCAGUGGGACCCAUAGAAUCCCAUUCAAAUUCACAUUGCCGGGGCAAUCAGUGUCUGAGAAAAUCUUCAAUUUACCUCCAAGCGUAAAGUUCAUCGAUGGCAAUGACAGUACAAAGAUCGAUUACUCUAUUGAUGCCAUUCUCACAAAACAACAUUCCAAAUCAACGUUGAAUGCUAACUACUUAUUUGAUUUCCUACCGCAACCACAAUACAGUUCUUUCAGUUUAUUGCAUAAUUCAAGUUUGCCACAUUGCUCCACAGAAGCAUCUUUUUAUUUCAAAUAUAAUUCGGUCAUUGAUGGGAAGUUUAACGUAUCGGAAUCCCCACAAUCUGAACGGCAACGAAAGAUGAUAUCCUUCAAAAGAUUUAGUUCUCGAGAGAAAAAGACCGCCAGUACUUUCAAUGAGUUCAUGGAUAUUCAAUGCCCAUUUAUGUUGGCAAUUGAUUUUUCCCAUUCAAAAGUAUUGGACAAUGAAUUUGCUAAAGGUGUUCUCAACGUCCCUCAAGAUUUGAAAGACUCCGUGAGCUUAUGCUUGAUAUCCCAAUAUUCGGCCCAAGAAUUAUACGCCAAACUAUACAAGAAGGAGGUCAAUGAGAAUAAUGUGUUUCCAGAAAAGUUAAGACUCUCCGAAAUGAGAAUCGAUUUGGUUUCGGUCGUAUCUUUUUGUUGUGGCAAAAAAAUCUUCAAGAAUCAGAACCGCAAAUGUCUUCUUGGAAAAUCUAACUUGGACUAUACUAUUGAUUUAACCAAGUUUAGAAGGAUGAAAAGAAAGGAUGGUGUUUAUUAUAAAUACGACAUCGAUACUUCCAUAUAUGAUUGUAUUAUCAGAGACGAAGUUUCCUCAUUUAUUUCUUCCAGCGUGAAGUUGGAUCAUCAAUUACAAAUCAAGGCUGAUUUUGUCUCUUUGACUUCUCAAAGUAAGGCCAGUGUUUCUUUAAACACCGAUGUUCUUCUUUUGAACGAUAUUUAUGAUGAGGAGUAA